AUGUCGAAACGCACAGUGUUUACAACGGUUACGCCGCUGCCGCCGAACAUCACUCGGGAGGUGGUCGUCAACUUCCUCCACGACCAUGAGGAGAUGAUCGAUUUGAACCCGCUGGUCAAGGAGCGACAUCCUAUUCCUCCCCCACCUCACGCAAGCCCAGAUGAGCUCAACUGCCAGUGGUUUUCUCUCACAGAUAAGAUCUCGUAUUUACCUGGCGGGCUUGUAACAGGGGAUGUCACUUACACAUGCGCGUUCCAUGAUCUGCCCGACGGGGUGCAGACGCACUGCUAUGCGCCAGCAGGGCUGACCAUCCGCGAUAAAUGGUCCGUAGGCGGCAGCCUCCCAGGCGAAAUCCCGCAACCAUCCGAACUCGGCCUCAACCUCCCCCCUAUCGGUCUCUACAUCCGCGAAGACGUCAACAUGAAGUGCAACGUCUUCAUGGCAGGUUUCGUGAAAAAGACACUCAAGAAAUCCCACGCCGCGCUCGUUGACAGGCUGAAGAUUAAGGCCGAAAUCGCCAGCAACAAGCCCGGGAGUCAAAUCCGUACACCAAGCAAUGCAGACCGGAUCUCCACGACCGACAACACAAUCCGCACCCCGAGCUUCAGCCAAAACAUGAGCACCUCCGCCCCAAACAGCCGCCCCAGUUCGGCGUCAUCCUCCACGCACAGCGCGCAGUCAUCUCCGUCCUGUUACAGUGCGCAGACGAGCCCGCUCUGGUCGCCUACUCUGAGCCAUUUGACUAGUCCGCCGCAGUCGGUUAAGAGCCCUCCUCCGAUGGGGUAUCAUAGUUUCCAGCCAGCUCCCAUUCAAACUUGUAACCCCCCACCGCCGCAGCCAACAGUGCAGAUCCAAUUAUCCGGUCCGACGCCUACCGUUCCUUAUCCAGAGACGCCCUAUUUCGAAGAGUCACGACAAGACUACUGGGAUCAACGAUUUCAGCGACACCCCCUGAGAAACGAACACUCGACCCAACCGGUGGAUAGAACCCUCAUCCCUGACCCCUUGAGGGUGCCGCAGCAUAGCACACCGGACGUGAACAAGAAGGAGAUACCCCAGGAUGCGCUCUGGCAGGCGCUGGGGGGAAGGCAUCAGAGGGCUUGCUCGGAGGGGAGCGUCAAGUCUGUUGAUGGUGCUACCCCUGGGCCAAGGAAUCAGGCUGGGUCAGAUGUUGGUCAGGAGUACCCCGAGAUGAACCCCUAUGACGAGUUGCUCCCUUCGCAGAUUGCGAAUAAGGAGAAGAGGGGGAGUCAGAGCAGCGCUACAUUGAGGGGGCCUUUUGUUCCGGAGGUGCUUUAGCUUCCUGUGGUAGGUGGUGGGUUGCUGGUUAAGGGACUUUUGGUAUGAAGGUAGGCUGAGGGAUCGCAUCAUUUCAUUGUUCUUAUCGCGGGG